UAGGCAGGCUCUGUGUCUGGGUUUAAAGAGUUAAAACCAUAAAGUACUUACUUCCUAGAGGGGAUGGGAGAAAAGGAGAAGCACAGAGGAACUUCCUCUCUUGGGUCGCUCAUGGGAGGAAGGUGGUGUGCAAGGAGGCUUUUGUCCUCUUCCAUAUCUGGAAGCAGAAGCUGACUCACAUAGGAGAAAAAUUCUUUGAAUGUCCUGAUUGUGGUAAAACUUUCAGUUGUAAUUCCAAUUUGAUGAUACACCAGAGGAAUCUCAAAGGAGAGAAACCCUUUCAAUGUCCUGACCGUGGGAGAGGUUCCAGCUGUAAUUCCAGCCUGGUAAUACAUCAGAGGAUUUACACCAUGGAGAAACCCUAUGAGUGCCGCGAUUGUGGGAAAGGUUUCAUUAGAAGUUCCCACCUCAUGAGACACCAGAGGACUCACACAGGAGAGAAAGCCUUUCAUUGUCCUAUCUGUGGAAAAGGUUUUAGUCAGAAUUCUCACCUCAUGAGACACCAGAAGACUCACACAGGAGAGAAACCCUUUGAAUGUCCUUAUUGUGGGAAAUGUUUCAUUAGAAAUUCCCACCUCAUAAUACACCAGAGGACUCACACAGGAGAGAAACCCUUUGAAUGUCCUAUCUGUGGAAAAGGUUUUAGUGAUAAUUCCAGCCUAGUGACACACCAGAGGACUCACACAGGAGAGAAACCCUUUGAAUGUCCUGAUUGUGGAAAAUGUUUUAGUCAGAAUUACCACCUCAUAAGACACCAGAGAACUCACACAGGAGAGAAACCCUUUGAAUGUCCUAUCUGUGGGAAAGGUUUUAGUGAUAAUUCCAGCCUGGUGAUACAUCAGAGGACUCACACAGGAGAAAAACCCUUUGAAUGUCCUAUCUGUGGGAAAGGUUUUGGUGAUAAUUCCAGCCUGGUGACACAUCAGAGGAUUCACACAGGAGAGAAACCCUUUCAAUGUCCUAUCUGUGGGAAAUGUUUUAGUCAGAAUUACUAUCUCAUAACUCACCUGAGGAUUCACACAGGAGAGAAACCCUUUCAAUGUGUUUUCUGUGGGAAAGGUUUUAGUCAGAAUUCUCACCUCAUAAGACACCAGAGGACUCACACAGGAGAGAAACCCUUUGAAUGUCCUAUUUGUGAGAAAUGCUUUAGUGAUCAUUCCAGCCUGGUGACACAUCACAGGACUCACACAGGAGAGAAACCCUUUCAAUGUCCUAUCUGUUGGAAAAGUUUUAGCGAUAAUUCCACGCUAGCGAGACACCAGAGGACUCACACAGAAAGGAAACCUUUUCAAUGUCCUCAUUGUGAGAAACAUUUCAUUAGAAAUUCCCACCUCAUAAUACACCAGAGAACUCACACAGGAGAGAAACCCUUUGAAUGUCCAGAUUGUGGGAAAAGUUUCAGUCAAAAUUUCAACAUCAUGAUUUACCAGAGUACUCACACAGGAGAAAAACCAUUUGAAUGUCCUGACUGUGGAAAACGUUUUACUUAGAAUUUCCACCUCAUGAGACACCAGAGGAUUCACACCAUGGAGAAACCUUGUCCAGUCUGUGGACUUUACUUCAAGCAUAAACCAUCCCUUAUUGCACACAAGGAAAUCCACAUGAGGCAAAAGUUGAAGAGUUUAGAGGAGGCUUGAGUUUCAUUUGUGCUCUCCCAUUCAAAGUGUAGGUGAGAAAUUGACUGUUUGAAUUCUGGUCUGAUUCUUUUUACUCAAAUUUCUCAGGAUUAAACUUGUAGGUGGAGAGAAAAGGAAAGUGGAAAAUGGCAGAAUCUUCUGGAUAUUUCUUUUUGCAGAAGUAGUGGAAUUCCUCAAAAAGAAAUUUUGGAUGGUGCUUUUGUAUGUACGUUGAUUAUAGACCCACAUGUGGAGUUUGGUUCUAGCUUGGUUUCACCCAGAUUUUAACCCCAGAAGUCCCCACCCAGCAUAAAAGUAGUCCUCAAAAUACAAUUACCAUGUUUCCCUGAAAAUAAGACCCUGAGUUAUAUUUUUUGAACCCAAAAUGGCUUGGCCUUAUUAUUGGGGGAUCUUAUUAUUUUGGGGGAUGCAGGAGGCGGUGAGCGUAGGGUGCAGAUAGGGUGGGGGGAAAGUGAGAUGCGUGGAUCAUGACAGGGCUCCUCAUGUUGUCUCUUCUCCCCCUCUCGCCGGGCAUGGCAGGGCUUCUUGUCCCUGCCCAAAUUGGAAUCAAUUUGGGGAUUGCAGGUGGGGAGGGGUGGGGCCAGGGAGACAGGAGACGUGCUUCUUGUCUGCCUUGUUGCAUGUCUCGCCGUUGUCUGCAGGCAAACACAUUGUAGGGUAAAACCAAACUUCUCACGAGUUCAAGAAGUUUGAUUGAACUCGUGAUGUUUUUUUUACCCUACAACAUGUUUGCCUGCAGACAACGGCGAGACACGCAACGGAGCUACAAGGCUGGUAAGACUCAUCUCACGUCUCCCCAGUCCCACUCCUCCCACCUGCUACCCCCAAAUUGCAUCCAAUUUGGGCAGGGGCAGGAAGCCCUGCUAUGCCCGGUGAGAGGGGAAGAAGAGAUGGCAAGAGUGUGUCUCAUUUCUCCCCCACCCCACCUGCCACCACCCUCGAUAAAGAGCCAGGAACUGUGGAAAAGGGAGCCGGGGGGCGUGGGCUUUGGGCAUCUGGGGCUGCCAGGAGUCGCCCGGCGGAGAGGCGAGAGCAGGGCGGGAGUUUGCAAGCAAUCGCUUCCCCUUUGCCUUCUCUACCAAAAGCGCUCCUUGGGUGCAGCCACUUGAACAGCAGGAGACUUGUGCCUUGCACCGGCCUUCCGAAGGAUACUGUAGCAGCAGCUAUGCACAUUUUUUUAAACCUUAUUUCAUCCCGAUCCACAUGGCCCAGUACUGUCAGGAUGAAAUAAGAGUAAAAAAAUUGUGGAUAGCUGCUGCUACAGUACCCUUUGGAAGGUCGGUGCGAGGCACAUGGGGCGCAAGGCUUGGCCUCCUGCGGCAGAAGUGGCCACAAUUCAUGGCAAAAAUGGCCGCACUUGCUGGAGGCACCGGCCUGAGUGGCACCCAUGAGGCAGCUGUUCCGUAGGUAAGGCAGGUUCAAGGCGUGUGGGGUGCAUCACUUGGCCAUGCUUGCUGGAGGUGGCAGCCUGAGCAGCACCCACGAAUCAGCUGUGAAUGGCGGCCUGAGUGGCUCAGCUGAUCCAAUUAAGGGGCCAAGAAGCCCUGAGAUGACUGGGAAAGGGCUGCCUCCUGUGCUAGCCACACCCACCCUAUCGCUAGGGCUCAUUUUGGGGGGAGGGCGUAUGUUUACGCCCAUCCCAAAAAUCAGGCUUGGCCUUAUUUUCGGGACAUGUCCUAUUUUUGGGGAAACACGGUAUUAUGGGACUUGCAAUUAUGGUUGCAUGUUGCAAUGACUGUUAAGUGAGACUGCUUUCCUUAACUACCCGAAUCCCCCUGCUCUCCCUGAGUCAGCUAGUAAUUGAAUGUACGAGUUGCUGAGCAGAAUACUGGCUACCUCAGCACUGGGGAAAAUUCUUGGAAGCCUAGUGCAGGGCCAGGCUUGUCUGCUGUAGGUAUCCCUAGGCCUCCCCCACCCUCCAAGACACCCUGUGCUCUUGUUUCCUAACCCUUGUUUCCGUUCAGCCCUUCACUCUGCCCCAGGGUCCCCUUACACCUGACUCCAAUCCCACCAGACCUCCCAUCCUCCUCUCUGAUCUCAUGUUGGGGAGGGAGGGAAGGACACACAUCCUUGGGCCUCAUGACUGUGUCCUGGAAACCACCACCAUUUUCAAUGAGCCCUGAAUUCAUCCCUGAGCUAUGCUAUGCGGUGGACUUGUGGAAGUGGUUGCCAUUUUGCCACAUUGUCCUCUGUCACGCAGAAGAGGGAAAAAACCGAUCUUGUUUUGCUACCUUAACAUGAGAAAAAAAAAAUGUACAAUAGAAAAUGUCUCAUUUUUAAAAAUGCAUUUUGUUAGAAUGAUCAGAAGCGUUUGACAUGUAAAAAAUGGGUAUUGUCAGUGUUGCUAUGAACAUUAGGGAAGACAAGAUGCUCAGAGUUGCCUCAAACUGUGACAUGAGCAGCAAUAAAGUUUAAUAAUAACUGAAUCUA